AUGAUGAGUGACGCAAAUGAUACUUCGUCGUCGAUAUCCGUUCGAUUAGUUCAUACGUUAGGCGGUCAUACCUCGGAUGUCAAUACUGUUAUAUUCUCGCCAACUCAUUCAGCUUCACCAUUACUCGCCUCAUGUUCAUCUGAUAAAACGAUUCGAUUAUGGAAUUUGAGCGACCAGUCAUCUACCACAUUAACACGACAUACAUAUCAAGUGCAUUGUCUAGCUUUCUCGCCGAUUCUUAGUGAAAGUAAUGAUGCGACAGUGAAAUACAUGGCUUCCGUUUCAACGGAUGGUACUUGUCUGUUAUGGGACCUAGCAACAAUUAGUGUACUGAAAGAAUACAAACAUGAUAGUGGUUCGCCUAUUCGUGUUUGUCAAUUUUCAUCAGAUGGGGUUCUCUUAGCAACAGCUGGUGAUGAUGAAUUGAUAAACUUGUGGGAUAUAACUGCUUUAUCCUCGCGGCCAGUUAAGAUUUUUACCGGUCAUUCAGCAUCGAUCGUUGCCUUACGAUUCUUUUCGAAUUUACUCAUAUCCGGAUCAUUUUAUGGCGAUCUCAAAAUAUGGACUGUCGAUUCGUCGUUCACUGGCGCUGUUCAUUUCGAACGCGAAGCACAUGAUUUAGGUGUAAACUGUCUCGAUGUUCUUUCACCUUCGUCGACCGAAAGUCAUCACCAUCAUCAUCCACCUUAUCUGAUUGCUUCAGGUGGUAAUGAUAACCAAAUAAAACUUUGGCAUUGUUCAUCAUCAUCAAAACAUCAAUUAACGCAUAUACGAACGUUGAAGAGACAUUCAUGUGCUGUCAUGUGUGUAGCUUUUGGUAUUAGACAUUAUUUAGCGAGUGGUUCUGGUGAUAAAACAAUUAUUAUAUGGAAUUAUGAAAGUGGUGAAUUGGUCCAUCGUUUCGAUGCACAUACGCGCUAUGUUACAUGUUGUUCUUUUUCGUUAGAUGGGCAAUAUCUAGCUUCAGGAUCAAAUGAUCGUAUGGUGAAUCUUUGGAAAAUUGAUUAUCAUGAUACUGAAAACGGUUUGCAUGAUGCAAAAGAGAAAAAACUUCAAUUCAAGUCACAUUCAAUCGAUCAAUGGACAGAGGAAAUGGUUCAUCAAUGGGCUGAACAAUUGAAUGUUAAAAUAAAUGUGAAUUUAACUGGCAAUGAUCUAUUAUCGAAGUCUGAUAGUGAAAUAUUAGAUCUAUUCAAUGGAAACGAGCAAUUAUUAAAUGAACUUAGUGCAUUGAGACAUAGACACUUUGUAAAACAAAUUUCAUCGAAAAGAGCUGAUCAAAAUCCGAAAUCGAACGAAGUUAAUCAGGAAAACCUACCCAACGAGUUUUUAUGUCCAAUAACACAUGAAUUAAUGACAGAUCCGGUGUGUAUAUCUGAUGGUUAUACAUAUGAAAGGAAAGCUAUAGAAGAAUGGUUGACAAAGAAACAAACAAGUCCAAUGAUGAAUGUCUCUAUAAAGAAGACACAACUUUAUUCAAAUAAAACUUUGAAGAUGUUAAUUGAUAAAUACGUGCACCAACAAUGA